GCGGAGAUAAAGCCCAUGGUAUAUAUAUUGCACAUCUUCUGUGUGCGGAGCGCAAAGCACCUUCUGAAGACCACGUCCUCACAGCUCUAAGAGAAGCGUACUUUGGAAGCAAUGGCAGACGCUAACUUUAAAAAGGAGUUCCUGGAGGCCCAUAACCAGUACAGGAAGCAGCAUCAAGCCCCGGAGCUGACGUACAGCGCCGAGCUGUGCAGCGCUGCUCAGACCUGGGCAGAUCACCUGCUGAGCAUAAAGUCACUGGGCCACAGUGACACGGAAAAUGGGGAGAAUGUGUUUUAUUCCUUCAGUUCCGCCAAAAAGACUCCCAAAGGGAACGAGGCUGUGGACAGCUGGUACAGUGAGAUCAAGGACUAUAAAUUUAGCUCACCAGGACAUCAGCAAAAUACAGGGCAUUUCACCCAGGUUGUGUGGAAAUCAUCCACCGAGCUCGGAGUAGGCCUGGCUACUGAUGGAAACAAGGUUUUUGUUGUUGGUCAAUACAAACCUGCCGGAAAUAUAACCAAUGAUGGUUACUAUGACAAAAAUGUCCUACCUAAAUCUAAGUAAUGAUGGCUUUCUUUUUCUUAUUGGAUUUGUUUAUUGCUUAAAGUAAACAUUUAUGAUUUAGCAGAUGCUUUUAAUUCGAAGUGACUUACAGUACGUCACCAUAACCGCUUUAAAUGGGAAGGACAGUCAUGUAAUACAUUGUGAUCAAAUCCUGCAUAUGCUAAUAAAAUAAUGGAUCAUUGCAUCAUAA